CUGCGGGACCAAAGUUAAAAAGCCCGGAUAUUGAAAAACAAAAUUUGCCCUUGAUUUUGACCAUUUUCUUGCAUAAAAACGUUUCUUUCAACAAUGUUGACUACUUUUGCAAAAAGAUGCAUAGUGUCUGCAGGUCAACAGCUGAGAGCCUUGCACAGAUCAGCACCAGUCCUUAGCGACACACUGGCUGUGCAUAGAGACACUCCUGAAAAUAACCCAACUGUUAAAUUUGAGUUCACAGCGGAGAAUCUGAAGCGUGCCAAUGACAUCAUUGCCAACUAUCCAGAGGGCUAUGAAGUGGCAGCAGUCAUCCCUGUUUUAGAUUUAGCUCAGAGGCAACAUGAUGGUUGGUUACCCCUGACCGCCAUGCACUAUGUUGCUGAUCUCCUCAAGAUGCCUAGGAUGCGAGUGUAUGAGGUUGCCACGUUUUACACCAUGUUCAACAGGAAUCCUGUUGGCAAAUACCAUGUUCAGAUCUGUACUACAACACCAUGUAUGCUUGGUGGUAUGGGCAGUGAUGUCAUCUUGAAAACCAUUGAAGACGAACUAGGUAUCAAACCUGGUCAGACGUCAGGGGAUAAGAUGUUCACACUGACGGAGGUUGAAUGUCUCGGAGCUUGUGUCAAUGCUCCAAUGGUACAGAUCAAUGACAACUAUUAUGAAGACUUAACCCCUGGGGAUAUGAAGGAGAUACUGGAUGAUAUCAAAGCAGGGAAAACACCAAAAGCUGGGCCGAGGACUGAGAGAUUUGCGUGCGAGCCAACGGGAGGGCUAACAAGUUUAACCGAGCCACCAAAGGGACCUGGCUUUGGCUGCAUGAGUGAUCUAUGAUCUCUAGGAUUGUGAUAGGACUUGUUAUUAUACAUAUGAGUGUAAAUAGUCAAUAAAGAUGUGCACACCCACUUAGCCUUCAAAAGCACGAUUCGGAUGAAUGGCGAUGACUGUAUUUUUGCUACCGGGUGCAAAAAAAUUCUGAAAGGGUAUCCUGAAAAAGUUAUCACAGAUGUUCAAGUACAUGAUUUUCAUGAACAUUGUUUAGCUUUCCCAGCCAUUGCACCCACUGGAUCUGGUAGAAGAAAGUACAUCAAUUUGGUAGGACAAAUAGAUGUUGACAAAGGCUGGACUCGAUGUGAACAACCAAGAGAAUGUUCCUGAUUUCAUUGAUAUAAAGUUUGGAGACUUAGUCUGUUGAAGUACAUGUGACCCUUCUCAGUUCCAUUGUAGUCCGGGUGUCCUUUUGUCUGUGGAUUACUGAACAAUGCUUGACUAUUGUUUUGAUAGAUCAUUUGUCCAUUAUUGUCAAGAAGUAUUGUGUGUUGUUACAUCAUUCUAUAAUGUGCAGUACUUGAAUUAGUGAAUAAAAGUACAUCUAUUUGUUU